UUCAUUCAGUAGUAGCCCACAAUAAUUGAAAGUGAAUGCAUUGGAAAACGCAGCAAAAUACAAAGUGUAAUUGAAUCUCUCCUCCACAUAAAUACAAAACUAAAUUGAAAAUUUCCACGUCUACACACCCCACAACGUCGUCAGCAAUUUCAACGAACUUAAUAAACAUGGACAAAAGAUCAGCACCAUUAAAGAAAAAACCCAAAGAAUUGCUAGUGCAACAGCAAGAUGAUAUUUUAAUUAUAAAAAUAAAUCGUUCAAACUCAAAGAAUGCCUUAAAUCGUAAUGCUGUCUAUGAACUGAUGGCAGCAGUGGAGGGUGCCUCUAAUAAUAAUUAUAUCAAAGUGGUGGUUAUCACGGGUGUGGGUGAUAUCUAUACGGCCGGUAAUGAUCUAAAGCAAAUUGCUGAAUAUAAACAACCUGAAGAUUAUUAUCGUGGUGCCAAUUAUGUUUUACGGGCUUUAAUCAAAACCUUUAUAGCCUGUCCCAAGCUGUUGGUGUGUCUGGUCAAUGGUCCUUGCAUAGGUAUAGGUUUUACCUUGUCCGCAUUAUGUGAUGCUGUGUAUUGUACCAAAAAUGCCUAUUUCCAAACACCUUUCAGCCAAUUGGGUUUAUGUCCCGAAGCCUGUUCGUCCUGGACAUUUCCCCGUCAGUUUGGCUUAUCUUGGUCUACAAAACUCUUGAUAUUUGGCGAGAAACUUUCGGCAGAAAAAGCCGAACAAUUGGGUUUUGUUUUGGAGGUAUACGACAAUAAUCACAUGGAUGUGGAGGAGAAAUUUUGGCCAAAAAUAAGAGAAUAUGCCAAAUUAUCGGAGAGUUCAUUGCGUGCUACUAAGCGUUUGAUUAGAGCCCAUUAUGAGGAGGAUUUAAUGCGUGCUUUAUAUGCUGAACUAAAGGAGAUUGAAAAAUUGCGUCGCGGUCCAGUGUUUAAGCAGGCUGUGGAGAAAUUUGUGCAUAAAUCUGUUCAAAAUGUAAAUAAAAGUAAAUUGUAAUUUAUAAAUUUACAAAAAA